CACGUUUCUCUCCCUCUCUCCCUCCCCUCCUUUCUCCUUCCCCUUUGCCUCCGGUGUCAGUCUCCAGGAUUUUCUCUCUUCCUAUUUCAAGAAGACUCUCACAGGCUCCCUCAGCCUAUGUGAAGCUGAGGGUUCCCCAGGAUCCCGCACAUCUCCAUCACAUACCUCCACGCACACACCUCCCGAGAGCUCCGCGCUCACACCCACAAACACGCGCGCAGACUCUCGCGCCGGCCUGUCCAUCUCCCUCCGGGGGGAGCCCGCGCGCGGUCCCACCUUCGUCUCACACACAGGCUAGGCGAGCUCGCAGCGCUCCACGACUCUGCGGCUCGGGACUCGGACACAGCGCUGAACACCCCCACUGUGGUAUUUAAAAAAGAGAGAGAGAGACGUUUCUUUGCCUUUUCCUCUUCUCUCGUCUUUCUCGCACGGUUUUCCACCCGAGCGGCUAGCGGAGCUGCAUUCCCGAGGCAGCCCUGCUUGGCUUGCCAUCCUCCAUCUGGCUUAUAAAAGUUUGCUGAGCGCAGUCCAGAGGGCUGCGCGGCUCGUCCCCUCGGCUGGCGGAAGGGGGUGACGCUGGGCAGCGGCUAAGAAGCGCGCCGCAGGCUCUGGCGGGCUUUCGGCUCGAGGGGCAAGGUGAAGAGCGCACAGGGAGCUGGGGGCUGCCGAGGUGGACUUGCGUGUUGCACCAUGCCUUCCUGGAUCCGGGCUGUGAUUCUUCCUCUCUCCGGGCUGCUGCUGUCCCUGCCGGCCGCGGCGGACGUGAAGGCUCGGAGCUGCAGCGAGGUCCGCCAGGCUUACGGUGCCAAGGGAUUCAGCCUGGCGGACAUCCCCUACCAAGAGAUCGCAGGGGAGCACUUACGGAUCUGUCCUCAGGAAUAUACCUGUUGCACCACGGAAAUGGAAGACAAGCUAAGCCAACAGAGCAAGUUGGAGUUUGAAAACCUCGUGGAAGAGACAAGCCAUUUUGUGCGAACCACGUUUGUGUCAAGGCACAAGAAAUUUGAUGAAUUUUUCCGAGAGCUGCUGGAAAACGCAGAGAAGUCCCUCAACGACAUGUUUGUGCGGACCUACGGGAUGUUGUACAUGCAGAACUCGGAGGUGUUUCAGGACCUCUUCACCGAGCUCAAGCGCUACUACACGGGCGGCAACGUGAACCUGGAGGAGAUGCUCAACGACUUCUGGGCGCGGCUGCUGGAGCGGAUGUUCCAGCUGAUCAACCCCCAGUAUCAGUUCAGCGAGGACUACCUGGAGUGCGUGAGCAAGUACACGGACCAGCUCAAGCCCUUCGGAGACGUGCCGCGGAAACUGAAGAUCCAGGUCACGCGCGCCUUCAUUGCCGCGCGCACCUUCGUGCAGGGCCUGACCGUGGGCAGAGAGGUUGCCAACCGAGUUUCCAAGGUGAGCCCCACACCUGGCUGUAUCCGGGCUCUCAUGAAGAUGCUGUACUGCCCAUACUGCCGAGGCCUGCCCAGCGUGAGACCUUGCAACAACUACUGCCUCAACGUCAUGAAGGGCUGCCUGGCCAACCAGGCGGAUCUGGACACGGAGUGGAAUCUCUUCAUAGAUGCAAUGCUCCUGGUGGCAGAGAGGCUGGAAGGACCCUUCAACAUUGAGUCCGUCAUGGACCCAAUAGACGUCAAGAUCUCUGAAGCCAUCAUGAACAUGCAAGAGAACAGCAUGCAGGUGUCGGCAAAGGUCUUCCAGGGCUGUGGCCAGCCCAAACCUGCUCCGGCUCUCAGAUCUGCUCGCUCGGCUCCAGAAAAUUUUAACACCCGCUUUCGGCCCUACAACCCCGAGGAAAGACCUACGACGGCGGCAGGCACGAGCUUGGACCGGCUGAGGACUGUGUGGAGGACCAUGCAGCACAGUGUUACAGACAUCAAGGAGAAACUGAAGCUCUCUAAAAAGGUCUGGUCCGCAUUGCCCUAUGCCAUCUGCAAGGAUGAGAGCGUGACAGCAGGCACGUCCAAUGAGGAGGAGUGCUGGAAUGGACACAGCAAAGCCAGAUACCUGCCUGAGAUCAUGAACGAUGGGCUGACCAACCAAAUCAACAACCCCGAGGUGGAGGUAGACAUCACCCGGCCUGACACCUUCAUCAGACAGCAGAUCAUGGCUCUCCGAGUGAUGACCAACAAACUGAAGAACGCAUACAAUGGCAACGACGUCAACUUCCAAGACACAAGUGACGAAUCCAGCGGCUCGGGCAGCGGCAGUGGGUGCAUGGAUGAUGUGUGUCCCACUGAGUUCGAGUUUGUCACCACCGAGGCCCCCGCGGUGGACCCCGACCGGAGGGAAGAGGAAUCUUCCGGCGCGCAGCUCAGCUACUCCCUGGUCUCCUGGCCUCUGGUCGGCGUGGUCUUGGCCCUGCAGAGACGCUACAGAUAAUCCUGGGCUUUGGUCGAUCGAAACUGCAUUUUAGCUCUUUAGUGGCCAACUCCCUUCUUUUCUUACACUCUUGGACAAUGGACCGUGCCACAAAACAAGCCGUUUUCUAUGACAAGAGAGCAGUCUCGCGGAUCUGCCUCCCUAUUUGUUUUCCCAAAGAGUACCGGGAGCCAGACGGCCUGCUUCUCUGCCCUUCGCCCGUCUGGGGCGACCUCGCUUACUCCAGAGAGAAUUCUUACUCAAAUCUUUCGUACCAAGAGAUUUUUUCUUACCGUCAUUUGCUUUUAUGCUGCAAAAUUAAAGGAAUUUCACGUUGUGAGGGGGUUUUGUUUUGGUUUGGUUUGGUUUUGUCUUGUUUUUUUUUUUUACAACCCACUUUAAAUAAGAUGGGAAGAAAAUAAUUUUUCUUUUCAAAUCAGGCCAAACCCCAAGACAACUGCAUUUCAACAAGAAAACAAAUAAAGGAAGGAAAAUAAAGGAAUUUUCAUGCUAUCAGGUCUGUGAGAAGUGAGGUUUACAAAAUGCUUGAGUUUCGAGAAAGCAUAACAUUUUUGUGUAGCAGAAAUACACUGUUGUCUUGGAGGAAUUGUCUUGCACUCUAACCAAACUGACUUGGAGGUCCUGGUAGUAAAUUAGGAUUCUGUCUUGAUAUGAGCGGUGAUGUUGUUGCAACUCAGCCUGCCUGAUCCCACACUCACUGAGGGCAGCAUUUCCUCAGCCUCCUAAGGUCUGACCAUCAUAUCCAGUUGGCUCAGGUUGUCUUCAGCUCUUCAUGGAUGCCCCCAUCCAGUCUCCCUUCCCCAGGUCUUGCCUGAAAAUCCUCUUCAGUGGUACAGUCUCUCUACUUUUGCCGCCAGUCUGACAUGAGCUAAAUGUCUCAGCUCCUGUGUUCUAGACUCUCCCCCAAAAAAGAGUUCUUACUGGCAUGACAAUUAGCUCCACACAUGAGGUUUUGUCGUUGACUCUUUGAUUUGUGUCAGUUGGUUUCAGCAUCACAAGGGCAUUCUCUUACAGAACAACUCACAACAACAAAAAAAAGUCAAGACAAAAAAGAAAAAAAAAAACACUAUAUAUAUAGUAUUGACAUGGAGAUUUCUUUCACUUUUUUAGUCUUAGUAUGAUCAUCUAUUUUUAUAUCUAUAUAUAUAUAUAUAAAUCACAGAUUUUAACUUCUUAAUUCCAAGCUCAGGGUUGACACUCCUUUGUAACAAAACUGUUUUGUCAACCACCUCUUCUUGUUCUGUGCUGCUCGGAGAAGGGAGUCCUCAGUGAUCUGUGAGCACCAAGAACCAAGAAAGAGAACUUUUUAUGUAUCUAACUGUCCAUCUCUUGCAAGUUUGCCGGGGCACACCCUUUCACACAUGUUUGCUUUGUCCCUGGCGCUCCAAACUGUCGUGGGCUCACGGGACAAGCCCUGGUGUGCAAGAUGGUACUGGUGAUGGAAUGUGUGUGUGUAAAAGAAUGUUAUCCAUGAAAAUCCAUUGCUCUCAUGUACAACACCUUUGGCCUAGGACUCCUACUGGGUCUGUACUGGAGCAAAUGGCCUAAACUCAAGAGGCCAGUUUAGAGCCGCAGCCUAACCCACCCACCACGCCAGGCCCAGCGGGUCCCCCGGCAGAGAGAAGCAAAAUCAACCAAACUGGGGUUCGGUGAAGACAGCUGGCUAGCCAUGUGGGGGUUUUUUGGGCUUUUCUGACACAUCUGGGGUAGGAAGAAGAAAUGUUUUAAGACACCACAGCAUGCCAAUCACAUUUUAACAGACUCACCAACAGUAUUGACACACGAAUGGUAUUUUUCUCUGUUCUCAUCAAAAUUAAAAUUAAUUCUCGAUUUAGUCACCAUGUCUAAGUAGAACACACGCACUAGUAUUAAGUAUAUUUGAGCACUUUGGAAAACAGAACAUAUUUACAACAUCUGUUCCCACUUCAUGCCUAACAAAAUAUGAAAUGUAGGAUUUUGAGGCAUCUUUCAUUUAAAGUUGUGUGAAGUUCACACGUAAUCCAAUUCGGAACUGCAUCUUCAGGAAAGCCAUCCAUCUCAGUGUCCCCUUUGGCUUUAAUCACCUGUUUCACAUAACACAGCUCUGUGAAGGACCAGCCAUUUGUGUUACUCAGCUCAUUGUGUGUUCAGAAAUCAGUAUUGUUUUUUUCCAAUAAUUAUGGUGCAAUACAAAUUAAAUCAACUUUGAUUCUCCAAGAUAUUUGAGUAAUAACUUAUUUUUAUGGCUUUAAACUCCAACUUCCUUUUUAAAAUAUUUCAUCAUUAUUUCCUGCAAAACAAAUCAAUAUGUCUUGUUUCUUACUGUGCUUUUGUGCCCAAAUGGUUUAUAUGACAACAUGCUACAUUAAUGAGUGUGAACCCAUGUUUGGUGCACACUAAUCACGCGGAUAACGUAGAAAUGCCUGCCUCCUUUGUCUCAACACCUGUACUCUCAAGGGUAUUACUAUUGAUGAAAUACAGCGAUGCACAUGAGCCAGGCAGAGAGCUGAAAAUGAGGGUCAGCCGACAAAGCUGCAUCAUUAGUCAUCGUGCAUGGACAUGGUCAAAAAUAUUAUUCAUGUGUACUUCCUGGUUGCGGUCAGCAUCCAUCAUGUGGUUUUUAGACUAAUUUGAUGUUAAAGAUUGGGGUUUUUUUUUUCCCCAUCCCCUAAGUCUUUUCAUUUACUCCUUUUCAGGACUUUAGACUCCUCUGAAAUUAAAAUUCUCAUUUCAGCAUGGUGACAGGAAAUGUAUUGAUGUUCUGUUAUCAUUCACGGCCUGCUCUUGGUAGUAAUCAUGUCCCCUAAAAUCUGUAAUCACAUCAUGACUCGUGUUCUGAGUAGAGAGGAACAGGACCCCCAAAUUGGACACUGGAGCCUGGUGGGUGGUGCUCCUAACUGCAAACACUUAGCUUAUUGAAGUGCCUCUAUUUACAUGUUCCUUAGUUUUAAUAUGUAUUUUUCUAACAGAAAUACACGUCUGUAACUGAUGUUUAUUAUACUUUGUAUAUGUUACAACAAAGGCUAAACGAAGGCUAAUGUCUUUAGCAGAGAAGAACGAACUGUAAAUUUAUGAAUGAGAGCCCAUGAGACAGCUGUGUGCCGUUGCCACGAAGGCCGAGCUGGCACUUUGACUACAGCCAUCGCAGACUGUAGCGCUGGGAUUGUGACUCCCUUACCGUGAUACACCCAAGUAGGAAGAUGACAUGAAUCACCUGCUUCAGACAUAAGGGUAGAAACUACUUUGUCUACACUGAAAAACGCGCUUCCUUGGUGAGCAGUGGCAGUUUUUAAAGGAACAUUCUUCAAAUCAGACUCACUGGAAAUAUUAUUGGAGGCAGAACCAUGGAGCUUAACUUACAUUCCCUGCUGCAGACAUGAGCCUUCCUUAAUUCUUCUUGCCAUUACAUACACAUCUGGGCUACAGACUAAGCACCAACUUAAGUCUUCAAGGAGGAAUAAAACUUAGUAAAAAUCCUGGCUUGUGAUUCUUUGCUCACCGCUCCGCAAAGCUAAUUAUCAUCAGAUGGUUUCACUUUAGGUUUCACGUGUUGGCAAAUGCACCGUUUGACUUUUCCAAAAGCUUGAGCUCAUUUUCUUUGACUUACAGUCACUAACAGAUAUUUAAAAAAAAAAAAAUGUAGCCUUGGUAGCAGAAGAGCAAAGGAGUCCAUAACUUAUCAAUCUGCAGUGUGUUCCUCCUUGGUAGAGAUAUUAGCCGGUGCUUAGUUUUAGGCCAACUUACACAAAUAGAGUAUUGAUUUGUACGCAUUCUGGAGACUUGCUACGUCAUGAUUUGCUACAGCCCAGACUCAGCUUAGAAUGGUAAUGCUUGGGACUUCAGUGAGAGUGGAGCGGAUGCUGGAAUCUUUGGCAUUGCCUUGAAAUGAGGGACUUCACGAGCUCCUCCUAAAGGAGGCAUCACAGUGCAGUCUCUAUGUGCAUACACAGAACACAUAUACAGGAUAACUGUGUGCGCCAAUCAAACCUAAAAUUUUAUGUGACUGUCAAAUGACUAUUAUUUGGGUUAAGAUUUUUCAUUUUCUGAUUUGGAUAGAAAAUUGCUAUUAAUCUUGUAUUAAAAUAGUUUUUAAAAAUUUA